AUGUAUCGAUUCUUGUUAACGCUUGCCUUCCUGAGAGAGGCAUUCGCAUCUUGCGACGCAGAGCCCUUGGUUCUCCCUCUUCAGGACGUCCAAGUCCUUCCAGAUGUUCCCAACUCUUUCAUGAAAGGAAUUCUAGCCAAAGUUGGGACACCGCCUCAAAAUAUCGUUCUUCUACCUUGGGCGGACAGCGACCUGAACAACACCUGGAUAUACACCGAACCAUUCUGCAAAGACUCCGGCAUCCCAAACGAUGAAUCAUGCAAGACCCGAAGAGGAGGAAUAUUCAACGAAGAGAAAUCUACGACUUUCAAAGGAGCGAGGGAUAUCGUCAAAGCAGGUGGUGCACCAAACGAGACCUUCUUCAAAGGCGGCCAAUACGGCGUUCGCAACCUCGUCAACAGCGCAAACGGCGCAAUCGACACCUUCAACCUAGAAGGCUCAGCUGAAGUCGACGGCUUUCCCUUUGGUUUGCCAACGAGUAAAUGGGAUGAUACAUACAGUACACUAAGCCCCCUUGGCCUGGGCAGAAAUUCAACGUAUCUCAACACCUUGCGCAAAGCUGGAAAGAUUGGCUCGCGAGUAUGGUCUAUAUUCUGGGGACGCAUGUGGAUCAAAGACCCUCUUGAUGGAUCUUUGAUUCUGGGUGGCUAUGACGAGAAGAAAGUGACUGGCGCGAAUUACACUGCGCCGCUUGUGUAUGGGGAUUACGAUGGCUCGGAUGGGUGUUGGACUGGUAUGAAGGUGACUUUGACUGAUAUCCAGAUCAAUUAUCUCGGUGGAACGAAUGUCAGCAUCUUUCCCAAGGGGACGACCCUGCAGUGUUGUAUCGAUCCGGCGAAUCAUCUGCUACUGGAGGCGCCGACGCCGUAUGUGAAGAAUUUUGAGUCUAUCAGCGGCUUGAGGAUGAAUUACUCGUCUAGUGGGCUGCACUGGAACGCCCUUCAAGCAGGUAUUGACAAGCAGUUUGUGGCAGAUCUGACCUUCCAUCUCGACUCUGGUCUCAACAUCCGCGUCCCAAAUAACCAAUACAUGAUUCCCAGCGUCGACAUCGCCUCCAACGGCUCACGAACUACCGAUAACUCCAAACGCGAUAUUCUCAUAACAGACAUCGAAGACGAACCACCGAUCCUCGGGCGAUAUUUCCUCACAGCGGCGUAUCUCAUGGUCAAUCACGACGCUGGAACGUUUACGCUCUGGCAGGCGAAUGCCACUCGGGAAAGAAGUCUCGUGAGAGUAUUCGAUGAAGAGACGGGGAAGAAGUGUGAGAAUACCACAGGCGUUAUACAGCCUUCUGCUUCUGAGAGUCCAAGACCAGAUGGAGGGAGUGAUUCGAAUUCGGGUUCACCCUCCGGUGCGGUCAUCGGCGGCGCUGUUGUUGGUGCUAUAGCUGGAGCGAGAAAACGAAACUCUGAUACAUACUACUUCUACCCUGCGCACGAGGAGCUGCAAAGAGCGGAUAUAUACGAGAUGGAUGGAGACACAACACUCGACGGCGAGUCCUAUAUGAAAGCUGGAAUACGGUAG